GAGCAUUAAGAUCGCCAACAUCACCGACCACACACGCGACGUGAUGGAUACUCUUAAACUGGACGCGGCUCUCAACGACUACCCAAUUGAUGGAGAAGGAUUCAUCAAAAACGUCAUCAUGUUACUGGCUCGAAAUAGAAAACGUUUGUAUAAGAGAAUUGACGAAGAACCUAUUAAAAACAUAUGGACUCACUUUAUUGCCCCCUACGACACCACAGGAAUAACUCUGUACAGCUUGAACUUUAUUGCGAUUCCGUUGGGCGCCAUGGAAAAGCCUUUCUAUGACCCAGAUUAUCUGCGCCACAUCCGCCUGGCGGGGUUAGGUUUCUCUGUAGCUCACGAGAUGGCGCAUCAUAUAGACUCGCUCGGUAUUAAGUUCAAUACCACAAUAGAUGAUCGCACAAGAAGUGACUACAAAGAUACAAUUCCACACUUCCAUGUAUGGGAGAGAGAAGUAAGCGUUGAGUAUAUGAAUAUGACUGGGCCGAAUAAGCAUAAGAUUGUACAAUUUCAGUUUGAAGAUACAGAGCUGAAAGAGAAGGAAUAUUUUGCAGACACAAUAGCUAUUCAAUUAGCUUAUAAAACAUUCAAGAAAAAAGAGACUAAAACAGAUACCGUAUUGCCAUACCUGCCACUAACAAGCGACCAAAGUUUCUUCGUAUUUUUGGCUCAGACAUUUUGCACCAAAUUGGACUACUUUUCUAUGGUGCUAGACUUUUUUGAAUCGCCAUUUUUUCCACCGGAAACACGGGUCAAAAACAUGUUGAAGAAGAACGCUGCCUUCCACAAAGCAUUCAACUGCAAAGCAACCUACACGACUGACUAUCCUUUCCCAUAUAUUGCGCUUCCUGACGACGAUGUGGCCGGAGUAUAAUGUUAAUGAAGGCAGAUGUUUGUUGUCUUCCUCAUAAACAACAUUGAAUUUUAUUUUGAAACAAAUUAGAAAUGUAUAUAUGUAUUUAAGCGUUCGGAAGAAGUGCACAUUAAAAUGUGUUUUAGUUGGAUCAUAUUUCUCUUCUAACUCCAUACAGACAAGCGUGAAAAAACGAGAAUUCUACAAUUUUUUUUCAAAAUAACUGGUCGUGCCUGUUCAUUUGAGUGCCUUUUCGUUGACAUAACAUGAAGAAUAUUAAUAAAAGUAGCACCACCUUCUGUAAAUCAAAAGAGUUAUUGAACUCGCGUGCGAAAUUUCGUUUAAGUCUUGCAACUUUAUUACACUGGUCUACAAAAUAAAACAUUUUUUCUGUAACUAGAACAAAACACAAUAUUUCUGGAAGACAUUUUGCCUCUCAAUCCAGAUCUAAUUUCAGAACUGCUUCAUUGGCUUCAGUCAUCACGCAAUGACCUUUUUUGUAAAUACGUAAGUCUCCGUAAGUACGAUGUAUUACAUGUUUUGGUCAAAACGACACGCUCUAAUAACUAACAUAUCCAAAUGUAUGCAGUAAAAAAUAGAACAACGUUAAUGCAAACAAAAGUGAAGAAACCUACCUAUAAAUAUUUCUGUGAAUUUUUCGAAAAAACACAUUUUCUGUGAAAAAGCACUUCAAAUUUCGAAUUUAUUGCGCCGCAUGCGCGCCAUUUU